GUUCAACCAAAACCCGACUUUGACGCCGCAGGUGGAGCCGACGACUGAUGGCCUGUCAGUCGAUUUCAUCCCGUCUGAAGCGACAGGAAACGUAUGGGGCAUGUUUGUGUCUGCCGCAGUGGCAGAAUUCGUCACCAGGGACUCCUUACUAGCCUUCACGAACGCACAAGGCGGACCCAACUGUCGUUUGGAGCAAAGAGUGCUAACCAG